AUGUUUGAUGGCCUGAGUGCGUCGCUGUCGAGUGCGUUCAAGAACCUGCAGGCGGACGGGCGGCUGACGGCCGAGAACAUGAAGGAGCCGCUGCGGGACGUGAGGCGCGCGCUGCUGGAGGCGGACGUGUCGCUGCCUGUGGUGCGGCGCUUCAUAGCCAAGGUGGAGGCCAAGGCCCUGGGCCUGGAGGUGAUCUCAGGCGUGACCCCCCAGGUGCAGUUUGUCAAGGUGGUGAACGACCAGCUGGUGGAGCUCAUGGGCAGCGCCGGCAGCAAGGACCUGGAGCCACCCACAGGCGGGGCGGGGCCGCAGGUGGUGCUGCUGGCGGGGCUGCAGGGCGUGGGUAAGACCACGGCGGCAGGCAAGCUGGCGCUGUUCCUCAACAAGCGGCGCAAGCGG